AGAACAAAAGGGAUAAUAAGAACCCUAAUCCCCAUCCUCCAUUUUGAGUCUAGGGUUUCUCUGCUCAUUGCAACAGCAGAAGAAGACGAGUGACCAAAGGAAGCAGCCGAGUUCCAAACACUGUCACCAUGGGUCGUAUGCACAGCCGAGGGAAAGGUAUUUCAGCGUCCGCUUUGCCUUACAAGAGAACCCCGCCUAGUUGGUUGAAGAUCUCUUCUCAAGAUGUUGAGGAGAACAUUUGCAAGUUUGCAAAGAAGGGUUUGACCCCAUCUCAGAUCGGUGUCAUCCUCCGAGACUCGCAUGGGAUUGCUCAGGUUAAGAGUGUUACCGGCGGCAAGAUUUUGAGGAUACUGAAAGCUCAUGGCCUUGCUCCUGAGAUUCCCGAGGAUCUCUACCACCUGAUUAAGAAAGCUGUUGCCAUCAGAAAGCAUCUCGAGCGGAACAGGAAGGACAAGGAUUCCAAGUUUAGGUUAAUCUUGGUCGAGAGCAGAAUUCACCGUCUCGCCCGCUAUUACAAGAAGACAAAGAAGCUUCCACCAGUGUGGAAAUAUGAAUCGACCACCGCCAGCACUCUUGUGGCUUAGAGCUCACAGUUGAACCAUCUUCCAGGUGCUUUGGAUAUGCAGGGCUAAACUUUUGGUAUCAAUGUGUUUUUAAUGAACUAGUUCAUUUAUGUCUGAAAUUGAGAAUACUUGAGAGGGAAAAGAUCAUGUUUAGUGUGUCACAAUUAUCCAUCUUUACAUUUUUGGUUCAAUUUGAAAUGCUUUUGGUGUUUUCAAUCA